AUGUUUCCGUUACCCAAGUUGCUGAGUGAUGCCCCAGUGUCUCUGGUCGGCCUGCUUCCGGGGGCUGUCGUAGCCGGUGUGUUUGCGUAUGUGAUAUACCAGAGAUACUUUCAUCCCCUUGCUGCGUACCCGGGGCCCUUCUGGGCGUCCCUCACGGACUUAUGGCAGGUGAAUGAGUUUCUUUCGCUACAGCAGCCGUACAAUCUGACUGAACUGCACGCGAAAUAUGGGGAGUUCGUGCGUUAUGGGCCAGAUAAGUUGAGCAUCACGGCCGAGGAGGUCGUUCCUCUGGUGUAUCAGAAGGGCGGGCGGCGACUGCCCAAAACGGAGUACUAUGACGCGUUUGGGGCCAAGAUACCGAAUGUCUUUGGCAUGAGAGAUGUUGAACUUCACUCCAUCCGUCGACGUCAUAUGUCCAACUCCUUCUCGUUAUCCAGCGUCAAGGGCAUGGAGCACUACCUCGACGACAACGUCAAAAUCCUCCGCGAAAAAGUCACGCAGUUCGCGAGAGACGGCGAGGCCUUUGACCUCAAGAAGCUGCUGCAGUACUACACCAUCGACGUCCUCGGCGAGCUGGCCUUCAGCCGGUCCUUUGGCGCGCAGGUCUCGGACGAGGCCGAGUCCCUCGUCCCACCUGUCGUGCCGCAUACGCUGCUCGGCUCGACGACGGGAUCGUGGCCGGCGAUGACGCAGACGCUGAAGAAGUGGCUGCCGGCGAUCCCGCACAGUGGGCUGCGGUGGUUAUUUGAGGGGCGCGCCAAGUGUGCGCGGUUGGCGGCUGAGUGUGUUGAGAUACGGCUUGGAGAGGUGGAUCGCGACGCGGAGAAGGGGAGCAUGCGCAGGACUGAUUUGUUGACUAAUUUGAUAUUGGCGAAGCAUCCUGAUACUGGGGAGAGACUGGCGAAGAGUGAUCUUGAGGCGGAGGCUUUUGGGUUCAUAGAAAAGGCGGCUUAUUCAGUCACGGAAGUUGAGAACUCGCUGCCGUUUCUACGAGCGUGUGUAAAGGAGAACUUCCGACUGACUCCAGUGUUUACCAUGCCGCUAGCAAGGCGCGUGACAGCACCAGAGGGCAUCGUGGUUGCAGGACGCCACAUCAAGCAAGGGACAUCGGUUGCUGUCUGCAACCACGCAUUCCACCACAACCCCCUUGUCUGGGGCGAUGACCACAAUUUGUUCGACCCAUCGCGCUGGGAUCAAGAGGAGAUUGCGGAACGAGCGCGGUAUCUCAUGCACUUUGGCCUGGGCAGCCGCCAGUGUAUUGGGAAAGCACUUGCUCAGACCAAUAUCUACAAACUUGCCAGCACACUAUUGCAUGAAUUUGACUUCCAGCUUGCCGAUUCGCAAGAAUUGGAGGAAGUUUCCAAAGGGCGCUUCUUGGGGAGACUGCCUGAUAUGAUGAGUGUUGGAGUGAGUGAUCUGAAGGGACCGCUGAUGGUUAUAGCGAAGACUAGAACUUAG